CAACUCACACAGAUGCUAAAUCUUCUCUUCCGUUAAUACAGCAAAUAGCCCCCAAUUUUUCGUACUAAUUCUAAAAUCCCUCUCUCUUUUCUCACGGUUCACUCUCCUCUUGUCACUCUUCUACCAUUUCUCAUUCCCAUUUUCCUCCCAAAUCCACAGCAGAUCUGACGCUCAUAGCACCAGAUCGGAACUCUACUUACCCCGGCGAUGGAGGAGGCACUGGAAUUGGCGCGUGCCAAGGACACGAAAGAGAGAAUGGCGGGUGUGGAGAGACUUCAUCAACUUCUCGAAGCUUCCAGAAAGAGCCUCUCUUCUUCCGAGGUUACUUCUCUCGUAGAUGUCUGCAUAGAUCUUCUGAAAGACAACAACUUCAGGGUCUGUCAGGGUGCUUUACAAUCACUUGAUUCUGCCGCUGUUCUCUCCGGUGAACACUUUAAGCUUCACUUCAAUGCUCUUGUACCUGCUGUGGUAGAAAGAUUGGGCGAUGCCAAACAGCCUGUUAGAGACGCUGCUAGACGAUUGUUGCUUACUUUGAUGCAGGUUUCUUCACCAACUAUCAUCGUUGAGAGGGCUGGGUCGUAUGCUUGGAUGCACAGAAGUUUCAGAGUUCGAGAAGAAUUUGCUCGUACUGUUACAUCAGCAAUUGGUCUUUUUGCAUCAACAGAGCUGCCCCUUCAACGAACUAUUCUUCCUCCUAUUUUGCAAAUGUUGAGUGAUCCUAACCCUGGUGUAAGAGAUGCAGCCAUAUCGUGUAUUGAGGAGAUGUAUUCACAGGCUGGACCUCAGUUCCGUGAUGAACUUCAGCGCCAUCAUCUUCCUACCAUGAUGCUAAAAGAUAUUAAUGCCAGACUAGAGAAGAUUGAGCCCAAAAAUCACCUAGCAGAUGGAAUUCCAAAAAACUAUUCAGCUGCUGAGGUGAGAUCCACUGGUCUUAAUCCCAAGAAAAGCAGCCCAAAGGCUAAAAACUCAACAAGAGAGGUGUCUCUUUUUGGAGGGGAUGCUGACAUUACAGAGAAACCUGUCGAGCCAAUUAAAGUGUACUCAGAAAAGGAGCUGGUAAGGGAGUUUGAGAAGAUUGCCUCUACCCUUGUGCCAGAGAAGGACUGGUCUAUCCGUAUAUCUGCUAUGCAGAGAAUUGAAGCUCUUGUUAUUGGAGGUGCAACUGAUUUUCCUUGUUUCCGUGGACUUCUAAAGCAACUUGUUGUCCCUUUGAGCACACAGUUAUCUGAUCGGAGAUCCACCAUUGUCAAACAGGCUUGCCAUUUAUUAAACUUCUUAUCCAAAGAGCUUUUGGGAGAUUUUGAGGCAUGUGCUGAGAUGUUCAUUCCGGUUCUUUUCAAGCUUGUUGUGAUAACUGUUCUUGUAAUUGCAGAAUCUGCUGAUACCUGCAUAAAGACGAUGUUGCGCAACUGCAAAGUUGCUCGUGCACUUCCUCGAAUAGCUGAUUGUGCAAAGAGUGAUCGAAAUGCAGUUCUUCGUGCAAGAUGCUGUGAGUAUGCACUUUUAAUCCUGGAACAUUGGCCUGAUGCAUCUGAGAUACACCGUUCAGCAGAACUCUAUGAGGACCUUAUAAAGUGUUGUGUAGCAGAUGCAAUGAGUGAGGUACGGUCAACUGCAAGAAUUUUGUUCAGAAUGUUUGCAAGAACUUGGCCAGAACGAUCCAGGCGUUUGUUUAUGUCCUUUGAUCCUGUUAUCCAAAGGAUCAUAAAUGAGGAAGAUGGUGGAACUCACAGACGACAUGCUUCACCUUCUGUUCGAGAGAGGAGUUCACACUUCUCGCUUGCUUCUCAAACAUCUGCUUCUUCACAAAUUUCUGGUUAUGGAACAUCUGCAAUAGUUGCUAUGGAUAGAAGUUCCAGUUUACCUUCAGGCUCAUCCCUCUCCACUGGGCUACUCCUUUCACAAACAAAACCUGUGGGUACUAGCACAGAACGUAGCUUGGAAAGUGUACUUCAUGCCAGCAAACAGAAAGUUUCUGCUAUAGAAAGCCUGCUCAAAGGUCUGGAUAUGUCUGAGAGAAGUCGAUCCUCUAGUUUGGAUCUAGGAGUUGACCCGCCAUCGUCCCGUGAUCCACCAUUUCCUCUUGCUGUUCCUGCAUCACAUAGUCUUGCUAACGCUUUGGUAGAUGCACCAUCUGGUUUCUCUAAAGGUAAUAAUCGCAAUGGUGGAUUGGGUUUGUCCGAUAUCAUUACUCAGAUCAAGGCAUCAAAGGAUUCAACUAAAUCAUCCUAUCGAGGCAGUGCGGUUCAUGAAUCCUUUUCAGCGCUUAAUUCUUAUUCGGCAAGAAGGGGUUCUGAAAAACUACCAGAUAGAGGUUUUUUUGAAGAUAAUGCUGAACUGAGGGAAGGUAGGCGGUUAAUGAACUCACACGUUCACAGACAAUACAUAGAGUCACCAUACAAAGAUGCUAACUUUAGGGAUUCUCAGAAUAAUCACGUUCCAAAUUUUCAACGUCCUCUAUCAAGAAAGAACACAGCAGGAAGAAUGUCUGCUAGCAAGAGAAGGAGCUUUGAUGACAGUCAGCUCCCGCUAGGAGAAAUGUCAACUUAUGUGGAGGGACCCGCUUCACUAAGUGAUGCAUUAAGUGAGGGUCUCAGUUCUAGUUCAGAUUGGAAUGCUAGGGUUGCUGCAUUUAGUUAUGUCAGGUCUUUGCUACAGCAGGGGUCUAGAGGUCUUCCAGAAAUCAUUCAGAGCUUUGAGAAGGUUAUGAAAUUAUUUUUCCAGCACCUUGAUGAUCCCCAUCAUAAAGUUGCACAGGCUGCUCUGUCAACCCUUGCAGAUCUUAUUCCAGCUUGCAGAAAACUUUUUGAAAGUUACAUGGAGAGGGUUUUGCCCCAUGUUUUCUCACGGCUAAUUGAUCCCAAGGAAUCAGUGAGGCAGCCUUGCUCAAUUACAUUAGAAAUUGUUAGCAAAACAUAUGGUAUCGACUCCCUUUUGCCAGCUUUGCUCCGUUCAUUGGAUGAACAACGUUCUCCCAAGGCCAAACUUGCUGUAAUUGAGUUUGCUGUUGGCUCUUUUAACAAGCAUCCUUCAAAUUCUGAAGGUGCUGGAAAUAGUGGCAUCCUCAAGUUAUGGCUCGCUAAGUUGACACCAUUGGUCUAUGAUAAAAAUACCAAACUGAAAGAAACGGCUAUUUCGUGCAUUAUAUCAGUGUACACACACUUUGAUGGAACAGGGGUUUUGAAUUUUAUUCUCAGCUUAUCAGUUGAAGAACAAAAUUCCUUGAGGCGAGCUCUGAAACAGUAUACCCCUCGUAUAGAAGUGGAUUUGAUGAAUUUUCUGCAAAAUAAAAAAGAAAGACAACGUUCCAAGUAUGAUCCAUAUGAUGUUGCUGGAACAUCUUCUGAAGAGGGAUAUGUAGGAGCUUCAAAGAAAAUUCAUCUAUUUGGAAGGUAUUCAGCUGGUUCGGUUGAUAGUGAUGGUGCCAGAAAGUGGAACUCUGUUCCGGACUCUACCUAUAUUACUAGCACUAUAGGCCACUCAUUGUCGGAUGAUACUCAAGAUUUCUAUCAUGGUGUUGAAACUGGUUCCAAUUCUGAUCUUCUUGUUUCAAAAGCCAAGGAUCCAAAACUCUUGGCCCCUACCGCAAGUGAGAGUGAUGGAUUAUGGGCUAAUCCACAGGAAAGCAAAGACAACAGCUUAAACGUGGAGCACACUUCCACAACCCAUCUGGAGGCUAAUGGGUUUGUUGACUCGGAGCAUCUAGCUGCAACCGUUGGAGCUGAUAAUGAAUCUGAUUUGGGACUUAAUCACCUGAAACUUUCUGCUCUGAAGAUAAACUUAACUCCAACAACUGAACCAAGCAUUCCUCAGAUUCUUCAUUCAAUUUGUAAUGGCAAUGAUGAAAGUCCUGCUGCCAACAAGCAUGAUGCACUUCAACAACUAGUUGAAGCUGUUACCAAAGAUCAAUCCAUAUGGAACAAGUACUUCAAUCAGAUAUUGACUGCUGUACUCGAGGUGCUAGAUGGUUCUGAGUCAUCAAUAAGAGAACUUUCCCUAUCUCUGAUAGUUGAAAUGCUGAAGAAUCAGAGAGAUGCCAUGGAGGAUUCAGUCGAGGUUGUAAUUGAGAAACUGCUCAACGUAACCAAGGAUGUUUCUCCUAAAGUUUCAAAUGAAGCUGAACAUUGUUUAACUAUGGUGUUAUCUCAGUAUGACUCAUUUAGAUGCUUAAGCGUUGUUGUUCCUUUGCUUGUCACCGAAGACGAGAAGACUCUUGUAACCUGUAUUAACUGUUUGACGAAGCUUGUGGGGAGGUUUUCCCAGGAAGAAUUGAUGUCUCAGUUAUCUUCUUUCUUACCUGCCCUGUUUGAUGCUUUUGGAAACCAGAGCGCUGAUGUUCGCAAGACUGUUGUGUUCUGUUUAGUUGACAUAUACAUCAUGCUCGGCAAAGCAUUUUUGCCAUACUUGGAAGGGCUGAACAGCACACAGUUGAGAUUGGUGACUAUUUAUGCAAAUCGAAUAUCACAGGCUAGAACAGGGACUCCCAUAGAUGCGAACCGCAGUUAGCUGGUACUAGCUUCCUUGGGAUUUCCUUGUAGGUUUAUGAGGAGUUUAAUCUUGUCAUUUAAUCUUUUGAUGUGUCCUGUAUAUUGUGUGAAUGCGCAUUUUGAAUUCUUUUAUUCAACUCUGUGUUCAUAUUUUUUCCUCCCACAUCAUUGGUUGGGAGUUGGAGAGUGCGUGUGGGGGACAAAGGUGAAGUUGUAAACAGUAAAUCUUGUGCUUUUAGUGAAAUCUACAGUAUUUUUGAGUA